UUUCUUUUAAAAAAUGUAUUGUUUUUCUAAUAUUGUAACUACUGUGGUCACAAUUCACAGAAGCGUAACAGCUGCUACACACCACUAAAUGGUGCUAAAAGAGCUGACAAUUAAUGUCACAAGCAAGUCAAGCAUGUUAAUAAAGUGGUAGCAAGAUGCAGUGGCUGGCUUGCACUGAGUGAGGAACAGGAAAAAUAGACCUCUGGGCCAGAGCUAAUGCUUUUUAAAUUGUACAUUGAUGUGUGGUGGUAGAGCAGUGUAGGAAGAGCUGGUUUGCUGCUUGCUGUUGAGAUGGCCUGAUGUAGUCCUUUUUCGGGCCGUAUGGUUGCUGAUGACUUUGCCAAGCUUUCAUGGCUUGGGUUGGAAUUUUCCAUGGCAAGCGUUGGCCUCCAGCUGAGCAACCAGAAAGUUUCUUAACCUAAACAGUGGGUUGCUUUCUGAAACAAAACUGGGAUAAAAUAGUGUCUCUUCCUGUGCUUGAAGUUGUUUGGCUGGGUUGUGCUAGUUCCUGCUCCCCUCAUGGGCCUUGGGAAGGUGCCUGUAAAUCAGGAGGAAGGUUUUUUGGUUUAAGUUUUCAGGUUUAAGUUUUGGGAAAGUUUGGUCAGCUUUAAAGUUCUGAAAGAUUGUCUUCUCCAUCAGAUGACUGCUAUGGAGUAUCCCCUUGCAUUUCCUAACUGGUGACCAACCUGUAUUUGUCCCAUCCCCAUCACUAUGUUCAGGUGGACCAGAGGUUGGAGUUGGGGAAAGGAUGCAAGAAGGGAAAAGCAGUAGAAAUCCUAAGAUGAGGACUGAGGAACUCUUGAGUUUGAACAUAAAUUGGUAGUUGAUGACAGGGGACUAGGGCUAGCUGAGCAAGGGAUCAUGAAGAGGGGGACAAAUGAACAGACAAUAUGGGGGAAGUAGAGCUAACAAGCAAAACUAGACAUAGAAGCAAAUGAUAAACAUGGACAAGAAGUUUGUAGGUGAAGGCUUAAGAUUAAAAAGGGAAUGGAUUAUGGCUGGAUAACCUUAAUCCUCAUAUUUCUUAAUGUCUGAAUAGUUGGCUUUACAGCCUGAACAGUCUUUUCAUGCGUAAGAAACACUGAGAGACCAUUUGGAGGCAGCCUUUGCAGAUAUUUCAGAAUACCCUUUCAGACACAGAUGAGUGCAAUGUUUAUUAGGAAGGUACUGAGGAUUGGGGGGUUUAUGGUUAGAAAAGAAAUCUGAUAAAUGUAUCGGAAUAGAUUAAGCAACACUGCGUAUUGCAGGGCUAGUUGGAUGGAAACACAAAUCUAAUGAUUCAUUAGGUUUUGUGUGAUAAAACUGGCUAUUGGCUGAAGGUUUCCCCAGUCUCUGAAAAAUAGCGGCCUUCUUUUUGCUACCAAGGUAAAUCAAUUAUGCUAUGCGGUGUGAUGAGCUGUUCCAGUGAGACUGGAAAAUUGAAUAGAAACAGCAGGCACUUCUCGCUGCACGCAUAGCUUGAGCAUUGCUAAAUAUGAUUUUGAUUACAGCAGAACAUAUGAGCUCUGGUUGUAGAACUAGCUCCCCUGCGGCCAGAAACUGCACAAAUGCAUAAAAACGAUCCUUCUCCAGGGCAAGCAGUGACGUUCCUUGUCCGACUCUUACCAUAUCUGGCAGCAGAGAUUUUUAAGGAGAACAAGAAGGAGUCUUACAGUCUUCUGUUGACUUCCUGCAAACUAUUUUAGAGUAAUUCCUGCCUUAAACCCAUAACUUCUGGUUGAGCUCCAGUGUGUGUUUUAGCAGUUUUGCUACCAAAGUUUUAAGCAGCUGGCAGACCCACCACGUUCCUAGGUGAAGCAGCUAAUUACUCUCAGAAGUCUUUUCCUUGUGGAGGUCUGUGCUGACAGUGAUCAAGGGACUGUUGGUUAUUGAAAAUGGAAGAAACAAGGAAGCUCUCUCCAAAGCCGCGUAAAAGCAAAGAACCUGUGAAAACAGAAUGGGGGUCUCAGAGUGUUGUAUUUACGUAUUUCCAAGGGGAUAUUAACAGCGUGGUAGACGAACAUUUUUCUAGAGCUCUAAGCAAUGCCAAGAACCCACAAGACCUCAGCACAAAGCACAAGGGUGAGACUGUUGUCCUGAAGAACGUAGAUAGCAUGUCUCCCCAUCAGUGGAAUUUCUCUUCACAUUGCUCCAAACCAUAUCCGUCAUCUUCAGCUACAAGCAUGUCAAAUUCUGGUCUGAAUUUUUCUGCUGCUGGUAUGGCAGGCCAAUACCAGCCAUCAACUCUGCGGAGUCAUCCAACUCAACCUGCAGAUUUAUGGCCCUUCCCUUCGAUUGGGACUCCCAGUCUUACCAGUUCGGUGUAUCAUCAUGCCUUGCCUGACCUGCAUGCGGUAGAUGAACCGAUCUCUGACAGGAAAUACGGUUCUCUUCUUGGUCUUCUGCAGCAGGAAAGGUGCCUAACAUCCAUGCAAGAAUGUACCAUGAAGCAACCCUCAAGUUCUGCUUGUAUGACUGGACCUGCUAGGUUACAAAAUAUAAGUCAAAGUUCAGCUCCUGGGGGAGAGAGGAGAGCAAGCUCUUACCAAGGCUCAGAAAAUCCCAGUGUAAGCCAUGCCACUGCAGGUAUUCAGAUUCAUGACAGAAGACGAGAUUUGUACUUUUAGCAACUGGAUGUUUCUACUUUGUUCUGAAAGAGAAAGUUCUUGCUGUGAACUUUUAUUAUUUGCAACUGUGAAUCAAGAAGAAAUGAACUGCAGCUAUUCUGUGCUUUUUCUCUCAGUUGGAAGAAUACAUGUACUAUUUACUAUCUGGGGAAUGAAAAAUCAUCUUUUUCUAUUCAGUAAAUAAUUUCUAAUAGCUAUGGUAUUAAACCUGACAGUAUGUUUGUUGUGAAGAAAUAUUGUCAACUUAAGGCUUUUCAUGUAGCCCUCUUGAAAGGACUUUUAGCACUUUUUAAUCUUUCUGUGUUUAUUCAUUUACCACCUCUUGAUAAGAAGCACAAUUCUUAUCAAUGCAGUUGAUAACUGAUAAGUGCAGGGAUGCAGUUAGCAUAAAUUCAGUGCUGCAGCUUCUUAGCUGAUUUGAUAUCUCCAUAUUGUUUAAAAUAGUCUUAGACCAUGGGCAAGAGACUUCAAGAAAACCACAGGUCAACAAAACACGUUAUGUUUUGGAAGUACAGUAAUUUGUAACCAUACUUGCAAUUCACAGGGACAUUCUUCAGAAACUAUAUAAUAUGCAUAUGCCCGAAGGCUCUAUUUUGCCUGCUCAUAAUGUGUAAUCAUCCUCUAGAAAACAGUGAAUUAACACUAGAUCUGGGAGGAAAUCUGGAUCCUCAUUGGAUGCAAUUAAAAUCCCAUUGAGUAAAAAGCUGGAGAUGGGAAUGGUCUAUUUUCCCAGUCUCUCUGCAGGUGUAAAAGGUUCUUUUUCUAAAUAAACCCUGUGGGGUUGAAUUUUAAAUUAUUGACCUCGAAGGGCUUGGCCACCUGAACAAGCAAAAAUCAAUCCCUUCGUGGUAGCUGCAUCCCACAGACCUCAGAGCGUCUGAAUGGGGGGGUGGUCUUGAUGCUGUUCUGUGCAGCAAAAGUGGCAGCCAUGAACUGUGCAUCGAUACUGCACGUUCAGAUCCUCCCCUUGCUUCACCACUCGCCCUUGGCAAAUAUGUUUGCUGAAGCUAAACUUCAUGUGACUGGUGUUUAGAUUUGUGCAUGUAAUCCCUGCAGUAAGAGAGACUGCUUAGCCUUUAUUGUAAAUCCUAAGGAUAAAAAAGAUUUGGGUUUAUUUUUUCCUUCUUCGUUAGCUAUACAUUAAUUUAACAUAAAGGAGCACAAUUAACUUUUUUUGACAGCUCUACACAGUUGCUUAAAGAAAUUUGACCUUUGAGAUACUAGAGCUUGUGAUUUAUAGGACAAAUCCUUAGCUGGUGUAAGUGUUCGUGGAUCUGUUUACACCAGGUAUCUGUGCUGCCACUGGUCUACUUCAGUUAUAACACCUUGUGUAAUUUUAUAAAUAAUUUGAGUUCAGCGACUUUAGAUGUUUAUGGUACUGAUUUAAAAAGAAAAAUUUUAAAAAUCCCAUUUGUAUCAUACAAGUUUGCUCUAGCAUAUCCAUGAGCUAGACCAACCUGAGAUCACAUGCGAGGGGAACUCUUUUAACUAAAUUAAUAAAAGGUAGACCAACAUCCUGUCUCCCUAUAGAUGAGCAUGGAAAAAUCACUUGUUUUUAAUAUUUCUACAAAAUUGCCUUUCUUACCUUUUAAGUUUAGGAAUAUGUCUCCAAGUAGUUUUCUUUUGUCAUGCCAAAUCACUUAAUUCCCUGAUUUUUAAGGCUACGUGGUAAUAUAAUCUGACUUCCUCUAUGGGAUGAAGCAAAGAUUUCCAAGCUGUACUCCAUACAUCUGUCUUACUAGUGUGUAUUGUAAUUUCGGUUAUUGCUUCAAAAUAGUGAAAUAUUAUUUUUGUCUCCCUCUGCCAUCCCUCCUAAAGGAAAAUGCUUAAAUAGUUUCUCUCCAAGGUCUGAAAAGACACAUAACAGUAUGUUUAAAUGCUCUUAAAAUGUAGUGCUGCUUGGUUGGUCCUGUGCCUGUGUCAGCUGGAAAUAUUCAAGGUGACUUAAAACCUGUGUUUCUGGUGAAUCAACCAAGUGGAGUUGGACAGCAUGGGGGUGAGGGGAAAACCCCUUGUUUUUAAAUGUAUGUCACUUAUUGCAAGGACACAAGGCAUCAGUGAUUCUGCCUUGACAUGGUAACGCUUUGAACCAUCGCUGCGAGGUUUGGCAAUGCUGCGUCUUUGUCACCCAGCUGUGUGGCAGACCUGGGAAAAGCGAGCAAGUGCGUGGGCAGCCCAAGGGCUGAUGUCUUAUCCCAGCCCCCCUCGCCAGCCCUGUGAGCCGUGGUGCUGGGCUCCACACUGGGCGUACGGGUGCUUGCUCUCUUCCCUGGCUGUUAGAAGAAUGAUGACUUUGGGGUAGAGGGUUGGGGCACAGAGGCUCCAGCGUUUUGUCUUACGCCACUGCAGCAACGUGCACCAGAGCGUGCCUGGGUUUAUAGGCAUCUCACUUUUCUUCUGCAAUAAACAUGGUUAACCCAUCA